UGUUGGAGAAACACGAUGAAGGAGUUCUCUAAAGCGUUCCGCCACGAUCUCAUUAUCAUUGUCGUCCAUCAUAAGCAUCGAGAACACACAUCUCGCCUCAGCUGAAUAUUUAACAAUUUUAUAAGCAGCAGGCGACAGCAGCAGAUCUCAGGUGACCAGGAAUUAAAGUCUUUCUGCGACAAUGGCCAGGCGUAUAUCGCCUGCUGUCGCAUUUCUAUGUUGUUUUGCAUUAUCGCAUGUGUUUGAGGCUGAAGGCAGAUUUCAACACUCUGUGGCCCUCCACAGGCAAAAAAGAGAAUGGAUCAUCCCUCCCCAAAUCCUAGAGGAGAAUGAAGAUUACACCAAGAAAGAUUUCAUUGCAAAAAUUCGCUCAGAUAAGGAUGACUUCCAAGGGAAAAGUGUGAGGUACUCACUAAGGGGUGUUGGAGCAGACCAGGAGCCAUUUAACUUAUUUGUGGUCAAUCCUGAAACUGGACAUGUGAGAAUAACAGGGAUCCUUGACAGAGAGAACAUCCAUCAGUACAAUCUUUCAGGGAAGGCCACAUUCACAGAUGGCAGUGUUGCAGAGAAUGAUAUUGGACUACGGAUAAAAGUUAGGGAUCAGAAUGAUAAUCCUCCCGUCUUUGGUGAAAUGGUCGCUGGUUCUGUAGAUGAGCUCAGCCCACCAGGUACACGAGUGAUGAAGAUUAAUUGCUUUGAUGCCGAUGAGCCAGGAAAUGUCAACUCUCAAAUUAAGUAUGAGAUUGUUGGCCAGGAACCAGAUGGGCAACAAAUGUUUACAGUUGACAAUGAAGGGAUACUCUGUGUUAGCAAUCCUAACUUGGAUAGAGAGACCAAUGAUCAUUAUAUUGUGUUAGUCAAAGCCUCUGACCUGAAUGGUGCUUCAGGUGGCAAUGCCGCCACAGGGACAGUCACCAUCAAGAUCAAUGAUGUCAAUGAUAACGCACCUACAUUGGAAGGACCAUUUGACGGCAUUAUUGAAGAGAAUACCCAGAGUGUGGAAGUGAUGAGAUUUAAGGCGAUUGACCUGGAUCUUCAGGAGACAGACAACUGGGUAGCCUUGUGCAGUAUUGUUUCUGGCAAUGAGGCAGGAUACUUUAGCAUUCAAACUGACUCCAAGACCAAUGAGGCAAUCCUGAUGCUUGACAAGGCUGUAGAUUAUGAGGAUGUCAAGGGCUUAAACCUUGGCAUCGGUGUAGGAAACGUGGCACCGUUCCACCCCUCUGUGACUGGAGGACAACAAGGAAUAAAUGUGAACUUUGGGGGUGGAGGCGGAGGUGGAGGCGGAGGCGGAGGCGGAGGCGGAGGAGGAGGCGGAGGAGGUGGAGGAGGAGGAGGAGGCGGAGGAGGAGGUGGAGGAGGAGGAGGAGGAGGAGGAGGAGGAGGAGGAGGAGGUGGAGGAGGAGGAGGAGGUGGUGGAUCAUGGUCAACAUCAUCAUCAGGCGCUCUGGUCUACAAUGUGAACAUAAAGGUGAAAAACCAGCCAGAGGGGCCCAAGUUCUUUCCCCUAACAAAGGCCAUCCCUAUCUCAGAGGAUGGCAAGACAUUUAAAAUCAAUGAGAUCAUCGCAAGGUACCCGGCCAUUGAUACAGACACAGGAAAGGAAGCUACGAAUGUAUGGUAUGCUAAAGGAUUUGACCCAGAUAACUGGCUCACCAUUGACGAAAAGACUGGAGCCAUUAAACUGAACAAAGCUCCUGACCGCGAGUCCAAGUAUCUAGUCAACGGAACUUACAUCGCCAAGAUUGUCAGCAUAACUAAAGAUAUGCCUUCUAAGACAGCAACAGGCACCAUUGCCAUACAAGUAGAGGAUUUUAAUGACCACUGUCCCACAUUGUCAAGCAAAGUCCAGACACUGUGCACUGACAAGGAUGCUAUCUUGGUCACUGCAGUGGAUGAAGACGCCCCACCCAAUGGAGCUCCAUUCACAUUCAGUGUCCCAGAAGAUACUAAGGGGAAGUGGACAAUUGAGCAUUUAAAUGAUACGACUGCCAUCUUUAGGGCCCACGAAAAGCUUUGGCCUGGACAAUACGAGCUUCCAGUAAUUGUGAAGGACCAGCAGGGGCUUGCAUGUCCAGAACCACAGAAGCUGCUCGUAGAAGUAUGUACUUGUACAGACCAGGGUGCUUGUGCCAGAAUAGGACCAGUUGGAGGGGCUAAGAAGGGCUCCAAGUUUGGACCUGCUGGAAUCGGCCUGCUGUUUCUGGGACUCCUUACGUUAUUGCUCAUCCCGCUCCUGUUGCUUCUCUGUCAGUGUGGAACAGCUGGAAUGGAAGGAGCAUUCACAAGUAUGCCUUUUGACACUAAAGAGCAUCUCAUCUCUUACCAUACUGAGGGCCAGGGAGAGGACAGGGACAUUCCCAUUCUGACCCCUACUGCUGAGGUUGAUGGGCGUUACGGCUUUGUGGAACAUAUGGGUUCAGGUGCUAGCCGUGGUGUGUCUGCUACACGUGGUGGUUCCAUGCAUGGUCCAGGUUAUAUGCACAGUGGAGGCUUCCGUGACUCAUCUUCCACAACGGUUGGCCAUGGCUACAAUGAAAUGGAUAAUGGCUAUAUGAACUCGAUCAGGAGGAAUGGGACUCAUAUGUCGAGAGAAAUGGGUCGAGAUUUUGACGGGAUGGCCGUAGCUGAUGUGUUCUUGGAUGAAUACUUUUCACAGAAAAGCAGAGGAAUGGAUGACGGAUUUGCGAAGAACGAUGCGCAUGUGUACGAUUAUGAGGGGAAGGGCUCUCCUGUUGGCUCUGUAGGCUGCUGCAGCUUGCUCGAAGAUAAAAAUGACUUAGCAUUUCUCAACGACCUUGGGCCGAAGUUCACCACUCUUGCUGAAAUAUGUGGCGGUACAAAUAUGCCAAAUGUGGAAACCACACCUCUUCCUCCCCUUCCCAAUCCUGUUGUGGAGGCUGUGUCUACAUCAACCAACAUUGUAAACAAUGGGAAUUUUGCCACUAACAGAGUUGUAUCUUCAAACAUGGCGAAUAUGGCUCCCAAUGUUGCUUCAUCUUCAUCUACUCAUGUAGAGAACGUGCUAGUCACAGAACACCGCCCUGCAAUUAUUUCCAAUGUGCAGCCAGCUCCAACACUUCUGGUUCAACCGCAGCCAAUGUACUACAUGGUUGAGCCACAGCACCACACCGUAGUCUUGGCUGAAAGGCCAACCAUGGGACACGGACAGAACAUGUAUGUGCUGAACAACGGCAACAUGUCUGAGGGGGUUGUUGUCCAGGGGACCAACACUGCAACGAAUACUCUGAAUCGAGGUGAGAGAAUGGUGGUUCUAGAUAGGGUUGGAUCUGCUCAAGCUCUUAACACUGGGAUGCUGCAUACAAGUAAUUUGUCUGGAUCACAAGUACUGCUGAUGGAUGGGGGUGCACACAGCGGUCAAGUCCUUCAAGGGACGUUAAAGAGAGGGGUCGCAGGAUCUCAGGGUAUGAUGAUCGUGGAAGGACAAGGUGGCCAUAUGAUACAUGGGUCCCUUAGAAGAGAUAUGCCCACUCAUGGAGGAUCUCAAAGUGUCCUUUAUGUAGAGAAUAAAGGAGGAUCUGGAGUUGUUCAGGGGACUCCUCAAAAGGGUAUGACCUCCACUGCAGGGUCAAUUCAUGGUAACAUUGGAUCAAGUGGGGCAUCUGUCCAACUUAACCGAAAAGCAUCUCAAAAAGUUGCUGUUCAAGAGAGAAAGGUUGUGACAUCACAAAAUAUCAAGUAACAAUGCAACCCUGUUACUUGUACAGUUCUAAAAGUGUUACAGAGAUUUGAAAAUUGUAAAUCCAGUCUUUUGAAAAACAAUUAUCUCCAAAAUGAUAAUUGCUUUAUGAAUGUUGGAGCUCAUGCAUGCAAAUGUUAGAGCACUGUCUUAAACGUAAUUGAUGCUUGCAAAACUGGUUUUGAUGCCCUUGAGCUUUCCUCUGAACAGUACAUGUCAUAUGCAAAUGGAGAUGUUCUUUUUUAUUUUUUGCAUAUUGGCUGCAUGUGAAUGUGUUCACCCCAAUCGAUUGAAGGUGGGAUGCUUUUUUUGGUUCCAGAAAAUAUGUGAUAAAUGAAGAUUCAUAAAUAACUUUUGGAAUCAAGUCAAAUACAAUGUAUUUUUUGGCAAGUCAUUAGGCUUUCUAAAAAUACCAUAUAUGUGUGAUAUAUUCAGCAUUUGUAUGCCUUACAUUUAUAUGGUAUUUUAAGACUUAUUUUGUUUGCUUAGUCACACUGUGGGCAACCCUUGUAAUUCAUGAUAAGAGUAGGUCUAGUUGAAAACUUGUAGUAUUCGUUUGAACUGCAGUAGCCUUGAAUUACAUACAAAGACCAAACUCACAUUCCAAGCAAUAAUGCUGAUAAGUAUGAAAUGAGUGUUCCUUUUUUUUAAAAAAUAAAUUAUAUAUUUUUUGAAAAUGCUUGUAUUUAAGAGUACAAUAGCUAACACAUUUCCUUUCUAGUGCAAUAAGUAGGAAUUAAAUGCUAAAACUCUUAAUAGUUGUGGUGUUGGGCUCAAAGACAACUUUUUGUAUUGACAGCUGUUCUUAUUUGGUAAAAAUUGUUGUUUUUCCGUGUAUUUGUUUGUUAAAGGGUGUGGGCACUGGGUACCAGCUUUACCAGAAAUUGACUUAUUAGCUGCAUAGGGAAAGUACAAUAUUACUUUUGAGUAUUAGAAAUAAGAAGCUUUUUUCAGUGUUCUUUUAAUUUGUUGUGCUCAAUUACCACAAUAAACAUAUUUCUACUAAAAGGAUUGACAUAUUUUGUAAGGCAGCAUAAGGCUGUUUAGAUGGGUUUUUUUUUUAUUUAAUGUUAAGUUUUGUAAAUGUUCCGUAUGUUUCACUUAUUGUGGAAAAAGAAAAUCCAAAAGACAAUAAAGUUUAUUAAAAGCA